UAUGAGCAAGGAUUUUAUUUGGUUCUGUUGGUGCUACUUAAUGCUUUGAAUAAUCAUAAUUUUAUUGUAUACAACAUACACCUAUCAUUUUAUUUUUAUUUGAUAACAACAAGGGAAAUGCAACUAUUUGCAGAGUCAAAAUGGAACUUUGUAUAUUAACCUGGCAUUACUGUUGUGAAAAACCGGACAUUGGCUGGACUGGCCCACGUGGAUCAGGUGAGGGAGGAACAGAAGAUGCCUCUUGAAGAAAAUGUAACUCAAUGAAGAUUGCUUUUGCUCCUCUGCCAAGGAAAGAGACAGAUUAAGACAACUUGGAGAUGGUAGUGGUCAGUGGGGGAUCCUUUUGUGUCUCUGUUGUUUCUAUCUCAUUGCAAAAUGGUUGAAGAAAACGUCACAGUGGAUACCUGGACUUCUUUUAUUGACUUUGGAUUAAUAAAACAGAGAGACAGACAGGACUAUGCACAGUAGAAAGGCCGUAAAAACACCUUGACAAGAAUUGGUCUCUCCUGCCCGGCAGUCAGAACAUUAGUAAGAGCCAAAAUGUGCUUAAAACAGAUGAGUCAGUAUUCCUAAGAAGUUAUGUCCCAGCAAGCGAGGCACCUCUUGAUUCAAAGAGCUCCUUCAUAGUCACAGGCAUCGCUUCAGUAGAUGCUCUUCUAGACAAGGAGCUGAUGAUGCUACUGAAAUACAGUAAGCUAACCUGCUGCAUUCCAACACCCCACCCCAACUCUUCUGCUGAGUGGGUCUUGGACUUCUGUCAGCACCACAGAAAAACUGAAGACUACACCACCACAUGCAAAGCACAGAUGCCUUUUGAACUGCUUCUGGAGAUCCUCAACAAAAAUGGAGGAUUCAAGAAACACCCGGAUCAUCAGAAACACCAUUUUACUUGCAGAGCACCAACUCCUAACACAUGGACUCAGGAUCUGAAGAGAAGCAAAUGAACAGUGGAUGGCAAUGAGCAUUUGUGUUUCAAACUUGCCUACCACCCAGUAGCAUAAAUGGCAAUGUCUUCGUUGUCAGCCUAGCCAUCGCUGACCUGGUUGUCGCAAUCUACCCAUACCCUCUGGUCCUGACAUCUAUCUUUCACAAUGGAUGGAACCUGGGAUACAUCCACUGCCAGAUCAGUGGGUUUCUUAUGGGCCUGAGUGUUAUUGGAUCCAUAUUCAACAUUACUGGAAUUGCAAUUAACCGAUAUUGCUACAUCUGCCACAGCCUCAAGUAUGACAAGCUGUACAGCGACAAGAACUCUUUGUGCUAUGUCAUCCUUAUUUGGGUCCUGACAUUUGUUGCCAUUGUGCCCAAUCUUUUUGUUGGGUCCCUUCAGUAUGAUGCCAGGAUCUACUCAUGCACCUUCUCCCAGUCAGUGAGCUCUGCAUACACAAUAGCUGUUGUGUUUUUCCAUUUCCUGCUCCCAAUAGCCAUAGUUACAUUUUGCUACUUGAGGAUAUGGAUCCUGGUCAUUCAGGUACGGAGGAGAGUUAAACCCGACAACAAACCCAAACUAAAGCCACAUGACUUUAGGAACUUUGUCACCAUGUUUGUGGUGUUUGUACUCUUUGCCGUCUGCUGGGCUCCUUUGAAUUUUAUAGGCCUUGUGGUGGCUGUCAACCCAGAAAGAAUAAUUCCCCGAAUUCCAGAGUGGUUGUUUGUUUCCAGUUACUACAUGGCAUACUUCAACAGCUGCCUUAAUGCUAUCAUCUAUGGACUUCUGAACCAGAAUUUUAGACGAGAAUACAAACGAAUUAUUGUGACAAUUUGUACAGCAAAAGUUUUCUUCCAGGACAGCUCAAAUGAUGCAGUCGACAGGAUGAAAAGCAAGCCCUCGCCACUGAUCACAAACAACAAUUUAGUCAAGGUUGACUCGGUGUGAAAAGAGAAACCUUGUUAACUGACAAUUUAUAGACACUCUGGUGUACUCAAAUGUCAAAUCUGUUAGCCUCAUGGUUCAAGCUCUGCAAUGAAACACUGGUCCUCUAAUGUACAAUUGCACUCAGAUGAGAUUAUAUGUAUAGUAUUUUUGAGCCAAAGUAACAGUUUUUAAGGUAAAGUUCCUCCUAUUGCACUACAUGCUAUGUUUCAAUACAGUGGGCAUGAUCCAGCCAAAGUUAAGCACCUCAGACCCAUCAAUGUCAGAGGGAUAGUUAAGCAUGCAAUUAAUAUCUCCCUUUGAAAUUAUUGGGGCUUAUGUAUUCUUUUCCUUCAGUUGAGUAAUUCCUAAUGAUUUGCUGAUACACAACUGUAGGUUAUUAUGGAAUUAAAGAGCAAAUCAUUAUAAAUCUUUUGUUUAAGUAAGCACUAGAGAUGGAUUGGAACUAACAAAGACCUGUUACUUGGAUUUUUUAAAAGCAAACAAGCAAAGCACCACCCCAAUCUUCGUAAACUAUAAUGCUGCAAAGCAUAAGCAUAAAUAUAUGUAACUAGAAAUAAUAAUUUUUUAAAAGAUACAAGGAACUGCUGGUAAAUUAACAGAGUAUACACAUUGCAAAACUACAGGAUGACAAGUUGUUGAAAAGAGUUGAAACGAGUUCUGUAUGACCUGAAGGAGCGUCUCCACCCCCAUUGUUCUGCCCGGACACUGAGGUCCAGCAGUUCCCUCAUUGCGAGAAGCCAAGUUGCAGGGAACUAGGCAGAGGGCCUUCUCGGUAGUGGUGCCUGCCCUGUGGAACGCCCUCCCAUCUGAUGUCCAAGAGAACAACAACUACCAGACUUUUAGAAGACAUCUGAAGGCAGCCCUGUUUAGGGAGGCUUUUAAUGUUUAUUAGAUUAUUGUAUUUUAUUUUUCUGUUGGAAGCCGCCCAGAGUGGCUUCUGUUGGAAGCCGCCCAGAUGGGUGGGGUAUAAAUUAUUAUUAUUAUUAUUAUUAUUAUUAUUAUUAUUAUUAUUAUUAGACAGGGAAGCUCUUAAUUUUAUGGAGGAACAAAGCCUCCAGAACCACUCAGGUGUGUGUAUGUGUGUACAACCUGGACAAUGAGCACCACGGAUGAAAGGCCUUUCAGCCCCCACCCCUGCCGC